AUGCGUCCCACCACCCUCCUCCCCCUCCUGGCAGCCAUCCACAUCGCCACAGCACUUUCCUUCAACACAACAUCCCUCCCCUCCACCUCAACCCCCUUCCUCUCCCGCGGCCACCGACCCGGCUACAUCCACGGCGACCCCAACUCCGACCACCGCCUCUACCCCUGGCUCACGCCCGGCGGCGAAAUGAAAAAACCCGACAUCACCUCCCCGCGCGACACCUGCAAACUAAGAGACGACUCCGAUCCAGGCGAUAAAGUGGUUUACUGCCCGAUGGGGUAUCCCUUCGACAUGGCUGGUGCGGAUAAGAUUUCUGUUGCGUUGUAUAGUGGACCGGAUUGUAAGGGGUUUGCGGAUCAUUGUGCGCCGAGGGAUGAGUUUUGUCCGAGUAGUAAUGUGCAGGAGAGUGAGGGGAAGGGAACGAUGAUUGCGCAUCAUUUUGCGGAGAAGGGGUGUUUGGAGUUUCCGGAGAGUGAUGUGGCGCAGUCGAUCGAAAAGAUCGCAUUCCACAUCAUGGAUUGGGCACAGAGGCCGCGACAUAAGCCUCAACCCAAAAUGAUGAACUGCAAACUUACGGUAUUCGCAGAGAACAGGUGCAAAGGAUAUCCGUUGCUAGAGAUGCACAACGACGAUGAUAUGAAGUGCCUGGACAUUCCGAGCUAUAUCGCUCAGCCGAGGUCGCUGUUGGUCAAGUGCAAGAAGAGAAAGUGA